GUGAGAAAACAAGAUAAGAUUGAAAAUAAUUGACAAAAUGUUUGUAGCCGCCUGUCUUUUUCUCGCGUUGUGUAUAGCAGCGACUACAAGCCAAGGGACAGUUGAUCCGGAUGUAGAAGCAUUCCGAAAGCAUAUUGCAAAAACCACACACGAAAUGUGGUUUAGUAUGGAUUUUAAUAAAAAUGGGGAAUACGACCGUUCUGAUUUGGAGACUUUAUUAGCAGACUAUGAUAGAAACGGUGACAAUGAAGUUACCAGGGAUGAGUUUGAGUAUGAGUUCGAUAUGACAGAACCGACUUUAGCUAUAUUAGCCAAAUCGCUAUUCCAAGAGUAUGAUGAAAAUCAAGACGGAUUUUUUGACACCAAAGACUUAGAUGGUGUUUAUAAACGCAUGGAUCACAUUAAUCAUGAUGGAAGAAUAUCAAAAGAAGAAUUUACCAAUUACUAUACUGAGUUACUUACUGUUUUGUACGUUCUACAAGUCCAAGCUCUACAGGGUACCCAAAAUCCCAUUUUAGGAUAGAAAUAAACUUUGAGUCGUU